AUGUCUGUCGCAGGCCCCUCAUCCAAGCCCAUCGCAGUGUCUUACUGUGCCGUGUGCACGCUCCCGACCGAGUACUGCGAAUUUGGGCCCUCGUUCUCCAAGUGCAAGACGUGGCUGGAGGCCAACGACCAGGCCGAAUUCCGGCGCCUCUGGGGCGAGGGCACGCUGGAGAAGCGCAUCGGCACCCUUUCGCUCGAGAAGCAAGAGAAGCUGGAGGCGGACGCGGCCAAGGCGGAGCGCAAGGCCGACAAGAAGGCCGAGGCCGAGGCGGUGAAGAAGCAGGCGGCAAAGAUCACGAUCAAGCGCGAAAUGCGCACAAAGCGCAAGGUCGCGACGCACAUUCACGGUCUGGACCUGUUCGGAGUCGACCUCAAGAAGGCGGCCAAGUUCUUUGCGGGCAAGUUUGCGACUGGAAGCAGUUUGUCCAAGAACCCGCAGGGCGAGGACGAGAUUGUGGUUCAGGGCGAUGUUGGAGACGACAUUAUCCAAAUGCUCAAGGACAAGGUAGCAGUGUUGAACGGCGCACCGGCCAGCCAGGUGCAAAAGGUCGAGGCGAAGAAGAAGAAGGACCCGGAGGCCGAGGCGGCUGCGUGA